AUGCUUGGACCCAAGAGAACCUUUGCCUGGCGCUUGCUUCAUACAACCUCAAGAUUAAGAUACUGUGCCAGUUGUCGCGUAGAAACAGUCGCCAGUGUAUCUCACGAGGUAUCCGCUAAGCAGCAAUUGUUUAUAACGGAUCCCAUUUCACCUGGAUCCAUAUUCUUUCUUCCGAAUGGUGUCAAAAUAUUCAACAAAUUGGUGAAAUUUAUGAAACUUCAGCAACAGAACAAGUAUGGAUUUCAAGAGGUCAUGACCCCGCUGAUAUAUCGAAAGUCGCUGUGGGAACAAUCGGGCCACUGGGAAAAUUACAAAGAGGACAUGUUUCGCGUGGAGGGCCAGGACCUUGAUAAAGAAGAGUAUGGUUUAAAACCCAUGAACUGCCCUGGUCAUUGUGUGGUGUUCAAAAGAUUUGCCAGAUCUUACAGCGAGCUUCCAUUGCGAUUUUCUGAUUUCUCUGCGCUACACCGUAACGAGGCUUCUGGUGCUUUGACGGGACUAACGAGAGUUCGAAAGUUUCAUCAAGACGAUGGCCAUAUUUUCUGCACUCCGGAUCAAGUAGAAUCAGAGAUAACGAAAUCAUUAGAAUUGGUAGACUUAUGCUACUCCAAGAUUUUUCUCCUUGGGCCAAACAAUUCACCUACUCAGUACUCAUUACGCCUUUCUACAAGACCAGAACAUUAUAUCGGUGACUCCAAGGUGUGGGAUUUAGCGGAGGACGUUCUUCGUGGAAUUUUAGAAAAAUCUAAUAAGGAGUGGGCAGUGAAUGAAGGUGAUGGAGCUUUUUAUGGCCCCAAGAUUGAUGUCCUGUUGAAAGAUCACAACGGAAAAAGCCAUCAAGUGGCAACUAUUCAGUUGGAUUUUAAUUUGCCUGAGAGAUUUGACCUUAAAUUUAAAGAUAAGGAUAACACAUAUAAGAGGCCAAUAAUGAUUCAUAGGGCAGUAUUUGGUUCAUUGGAACGUUUUAUGGCUAUGCUUAUAGACUCGAAUGGAGGCAAAUGGCCGUUCUGGUUGAACCCGCAUCAAUGCAUGGUGAUUCCACUUAAAACUAAUAACAAAGAAAUGGUAGAGAAAGCAAAGGAGAUAACAAAGAUACUAAGGGGCGAGAACGUACCUAUUGAUCAGCCCGUGAAAAUGAAUACGCUUCAUUUCAACGUAGACAUCGAUGACCGUGCCGAGCCUGUCGGCUACAGAAUCAAAGAUGCAAUUAUGAGAAAGUACUCUUAUCUCAUAAUGGUUGGAGCCAAAGAAAUUGAAACAGGCAAGUUUGCGGUAAGGACUCAAGAUUCUAGGGAAUUGAGUCAUCUAACAGUCGACGAAAUUUUUAGCACUUUUGCGGAACUUGAACAAAAUUACAUGUAG